AUGCAGAACGACGAGGUCUACCAGGCCACUACGGCAAUCUUGAGGUCUCUCACGAAGGGUGACUACCAGAGCCCCGGUGAUGAUCCCAGAAUCUGCUUACCUGGGAACGACACCUUUGAGAAGCGAACCCUAGAACGAGAACUACUUUCCUUUGUCCAUCGAUUCCGUCAUUUAGAGGCAAAGGCUGCUACUGCCAGUCGGAAUUUUCCAGAUACACCAAAUGAGAAUGGUGCUCCAUCGUCCCCCUUUGGUCUCGGUGCCACGGGCCGUAAUCUUUCUCCCAUCCCCAUCAAUGGUGCCUUGACCGGCGGCCAAAGGAAUGGCGGUAGCCCAGCAAGCGAUACCAGUGAUCAGUCUAGUCAACUCGAAGUUCUUCAUCAACAUGUGAAAUCUCAAGAGCAGGAGAUUCAGGAAAACCGGAAGAUAAUGAGGAAUUUAAUGGAGGAGGCACAGAAAGCCAAACAAGCUCCACAAUUACCAAUAGACGAAGCCUCUAAAGUAGAACGACUCCAGAGGGAGCUCAAGAAGUCACAGCAGGCUAAUGAGGCUUUCUCGAAAGCUCUCCGUGAGAUUGGGGAGAUUGUAACGGCCGGUACGUUUUCACUCAUCACUCUGAAAUGGAUUCUGUGUGAUUGCUUGGAGACAAUCACUGACUUUUAGACGAACGAACCGACGAUAGUGGCUAAGGGGGAUUUGAAUAAGAAGGUCACCGUUCAUGCUAUAGAGAUGGACCCCGAAAUCACUACGUUCAAAAAUACCAUUAACACGAUGACGGAUCAACUGCAAACAUUUGCCAGCGAAGUGUCUAGGGUUGCCCGGGAAGUGGGAACUGAAGGGCGGCUCGGUGGGCAAGCCAAGAUCGCGGGAGUCGAGGGAACUUGGAUGGAAUUGACCAACAACGGUAUUUACACAACAUUUACACGUUUUACGUCCUUGCCUCAUUUCUUCUGCGUUGUCCCGGAACGAGGGGCCAGCGCGGGAUGGAAUAUAAAACUAUUGGUUGCUGACGUGCGCUAUGAUUAGUUAACGUCAUGGCUUCCAAUCUCACCAACCAAGUGCGAGAAAUUGCGGACGUUACCACUGCCGUAGCCAAUGGUGAUCUCUCCCGAAAGAUCCAUGUGCACGCACAAGGGGAGAUCUUAGAACUCCAGCAGACUAUCAACUCUAUGGUUGACCAACUUCGUACUUUUGCGUUUGAAGUCACUCGGGUGUCUCGGGAAGUCGGAAUCGAUGGUAUCCUCGGUGGCCAAGCUGAAAUACGCGAGGUGAUUUCCCCUUCAUCGCACACCAUUACGGAAUCAGUCCUAAUGAUAUGUUUGCGAUGUUCAGGUCAAAGGAACAUGGCGAGAGCUCACGGACAACGUCAACGCUAUGGCUGCCAAUCUCACGGAUCAAGUCAGAAACAUAGCUGCUGUUACCACUGCCGUCGCUGAAGGAGAUCUAACCAAGAAAGUGAGCGCAUUAUGCAAGGGAGAAAUCCUACAGCUCAAGGAGACUAUCAAUAAGAUGGUCGACCGUCUUCAAAACUUCGCUACUGAGGUCACAAAGGUUGCUCGAGAAGUCGGAACAGAAGGCAAGCUUGGUGGACAGGCUCGUGUUGAGGAUGUCGAGGGCACAUGGAAGUCUCUUACCGAGAAUGUCAAUAGUAUGGCUCGUAAUCUUACCACCCAAGUGCGGAGUAUCGCCUCUGUUACCACUGCCGUGGCGGAAGGAAACUUGUCGCGGAAGAUCGAUGUGCAUGCUCAAGGGGAAAUUUUACAGCUUAAAGACACUAUCAACAAGAUGGUCGAGCGUUUGCAGAACUUUGCUACCGAGGUCACCAAGGUUGCUCGAGAGGUCGGAACCGAUGGUAUCCUGGGAGGGCAAGCAAGGGUACGGAUCUCUCCUAGGUAGCCCCCUGUGAUGAGUGGUUUGUUAACGACAUCCCAUGAUGCAGGUUCAGGAUGUUGAAGGAACAUGGAAGGAUCUCACCGAUAAUGUCAACAUCAUGGCCAACAAUCUCACGACACAAGUGCGAAGUAUCGCCGAUGUAACCACCGCCGUGGCUCAGGGCGAUUUGAGUCGAAAGAUCACCGUGCACGCUCAGGGAGAAGUGUUGGCCUUGAAGUCGACUAUUAAUAAGAUGGUGGAUCGAUUGGAAGUCUUCUCGCGAGAGGUCAAGCGGGUAGCAAGGGAUGUGGGGAUUGAUGGUAAAUUGGGUGUGCAGGCCGAAGUGAACGAUGUCGAUGGCUUAUGGAAGGAAAUCACCAGCAAUGUUAAUACUAUGGCCCAGAAUCUUACCACCCAAGUCAGAGCCUUCGGAUCCAUCACUGCCGCCGCGGCAGAUGGGGAUUUUAACCGCUUCAUCACUGUUGAGGCUUCCGGGGAAAUGGAUGCUCUCAAGACCAAGAUUAACCAGAUGGUGUUCAAUCUUAGGGAUAGCAUCCAGAAGAAUACCGCUGCCCGGGAAACUGCGGAAUUGGCGAACAGAACUAAGUCCGAAUUUUUAGCUAACAUGUCGCACGAAAUCAGAACACCAAUGAAUGGUAUUAUCGGAAUGGUAUGGCUAAUUUCCCCGAUGGAAAGCGCUGGUCAAGAAGUAGAAACUAACAUUUAUCCAGACGCAACUAACUCUUGACACCGAUUUAACCCAAUAUCAGCGAGAGAUGCUAAACAUAGUCCACAACCUUGCCAACAGUUUAUUAACUAUUAUUGACGACAUCCUCGAUAUUUCAAAGAGUAUACCCUCGAACCCCCCAUGGCGCUAUUCAUUUGUUUCUUUAUUAAUACCCUUUUAGUUGAGGCAAACCGUAUGGUCAUGGAAGAGAUUCCAUUCUCGUUGCGUGGGACUGUUUUUAAUGCCUUGAAGACCUUAGCCGUCAAGGCAAAUGAAAGGUUUUUGGAUCUCGUGUACUGCGUCGAUAAUGUCGUCCCAGAUCACGUUGUCGGCGAUUCUUUCCGUUUAAGACAAGUAAUCUUGAACCUUGUCGGAAAUGCCAUCAAGUUUACGGAGAGCGGGGAGGUCAAAUUAACCAUCCGGCAACACGACCAGUCGCGGUGCUCGGAUAAGGAAUAUUGCUUCGAAUUCUCGGUUUCGGAUACCGGUAUCGGAAUUCAGUCGGACAAGCUGGAUUUGAUCUUUGACACCUUCUGUCAAGCGGAUGGAUCGACAACCAGAAAGUUCGGUGGUACUGGUCUUGGAUUGUCCAUCUCGAAGAAAUUGGUCAACCUCAUGGGCGGCGAUGUUUGGGUCAAGAGCGAAUACGGCCAAGGAAGUACCUUUUACUUUACCUGCACGGUCCGGCUCGCUACCACGGAUCUCGGCUUGAUUGUGCCACAACUCAAACCUUACAGAGGACACCAUGUUCUAUUUAUUGACAAAAACCGGGAGAACGCCGAUAUCCCCGAAAUGCUGAGAAUGCUCGACUUAGUGCCUAUUGUAGUUCACACAGCCGAGGAAGCGCCACUACCGGAUCCAAUAACCAAUGGACGGAAGGGGGUUAUGUACGACGUCAUACUGGUUGAUUCUAUGGAUACUGCCCUGAAACUGCGUACAUUGGACGAGUUCAAGUAUAUACCAUUAGUCCUCUUAUGCCCAGUAAUCAAGGUUUCCCUGAAAUCUACUCUUGAUCUGGGCAUCACAUCUUAUAUGACUACCCCCUGCUUGCCAAUUGAUCUCGGUAAUGGCAUGAUCCCAGCAUUGGAAGGAAGGGCAGCUCCGUCGGUUUCCGAAAACUCGCGGUCGUUCAACUUGCUCUUGGCGGAAGACAACAUUGUCAACCAGAAAUUAGCUGUCAAGAUUCUCGAGAAGUAUCACCAUACAGUUGAGGUGGUGGAGAAUGGCCUCCAAGCCCUGGAUGCAGUCAAGAACAAGCGGUAUGACGUUAUUCUCAUGGACGUCCAGAUGCCAGUAAUGGUGAGACUUUUAUCCCUCCGUAUUUGUGCCCUUGAAAGAUCUCACAGUUCCCUAGGGUGGCUUCGAGGCCACUGCAAAGAUCCGGGAAUACGAGAAGGAUGCCGGGUUGCCACGGACACCCAUUGUUGCCCUAACGGCUCAUGCUAUGUUGGGUGACAGAGAAAAGUGCAUCCAAGCACAGAUGGAUGAGUACUUGUCGAAACCAUUGAAGCAGAAUACACUCAUCCAGGUUAUUCUCAAGGUGAUUCUAGAAUGCCAUCCCACUUACAUACAACAACUAAUAGUCAUCCAGUGUGCCACCCUUGGGGGGCCGCUUCUUGAGAGAGGAAGUGGAAUAUUGUGCUCGAUCCCCGACGAUAGCGAGCGAAUCAGUCGAGUUAUCAAUGGUGCAACAACGCAGAUAAGGCCUAGACCCAUGCUUGAGCCACGGACCGCAACGGCAAAUUCACCGAUUCCGGGUGCGAGCACCUCAAGUCCGCCCCUAGAGCAUGCGGAUACGGAUCCCAUUGAGCGGGUGAGCCAAGAUGUAAUCCUUAUCGUUGUGGAGGAUGAAAGCAAGAUUUUGGGACGAAUCUCUGCAGUACUAACACCCUUGCGUUUUGAUAGUCUUUGUUCCGGUCCCUAA